AUAAUGAGCAAUAUGGCCGUUUUCUUCGAUGCCAUCUAAACUCGGAUCUAUUUUUUGAGUAUAAUUUGAAGAUGGGAUGAAUUGAGUUGAAUAAAAAUUGGAUCAACGUGUUCUGGGGAAGACACGCAGGAAUAAAAGGUCAAACGGAUCUGCAAGCCCAGCUGAGUCAAAAUAUGCCAAAACAUUGACAUCUUCUCAGAUUUUCCGCACCUCAGAAGCGCCAAUUUGAAGGACGUUCCUUUCUUGCCACCAAAAGGUUCUGUCAUCAAUCAUCAAUCGCUACUGCCCAUUUGUGUGGUGUAGUUCCAAGCCAAACAAAGUAGUAAGCUCCUAUUUCAUGGUUAUGGAUUACAUGAGAAAUCAUUGAUGCUUCGUACGUAAUCAAAGUAUCGAAUAUUGAAUUAAUUCACUGAUCUUGAGGCCGGAUUUGAAAUUCAAACAAGUGUGUCGUUCGGAAGGUGUGGGUGCAUAAAAAAGAAGCCACUUUAGAAAACCAUUAGAAUGGGAUAAAAGUGACAAGAAUGUGCAACAUCAAAACUAUUCGUAUGGAAGAGUGCAAAGUCGACACACUGUAAAAAUAAUUGUCAUUAUAACUUCUAAAAAUGAUCAAAUAAAUACUCGCGGAUGGAUUCCGUUUCAAGGUGAAACAGUUUAUCAAUCGAUCGAUUGGUUAAAUUUUUUAGAAUCCAAAAUGGCGGUGCCUAUAAGCGAAAUUUGCGAGAACACAAAAUUAGCCCGGGAAAUGGCUUUAACUGGAAAUUACGACACAUCGGGAGUUUAUUAUCAAGGAGUAGUUCAACAGAUACAUCGAUUAUUGGCAAGUAUUGCGGAUGCGACAAGAAAAGCCAAAUGGCAAUUGGUACAGCAUCAGAUAGUGGAAGAGUUUGAAAAAGUAAAAGCCACCUCGACGACUCUGCAGUUAUUCAAAUCGGACACGCACAACGAGAGAUUUGUAGGUUCGUCGAGUUUAUCAUUCGAAGAGCCAACGCGUGAUCCAAUGUUGUGGUCUUGUGUGAAUCCAGGAGCAGCGUGGAGCCCACCGGUGGUUCGCGAUCCAGAUGUUUGGCCUCCGCUGAGCCCAAUGGAACAGAAGACGACGAGACAGCCAAAACUUUCAAACAAGAAUCAAAACCGUUCGGGAGUGCGUAAGCCCUCGACAGGCAAAAAGCCUGAAACAAAGACUGCGUCAAAGAGAGAUGAAAAAAAACCAGUCAAGAGGGAGGACAAUGCGAAGGAAAAGCAGGAAGCAGAAAAAUCAGAUCUGGAAGUGGAAGAUCGAAGAUUCGAGCCAGCAGGUAACGAUCGUGACCUCGCUGAUUUGUUGGAAAGAGACAUUGUGCAGAAAAAUCCAAAUAUCCAUUGGGACGACAUAGCGGAUCUGCACGAAGCUAAACGUUUGUUGGAAGAAGCGGUUGUUUUGCCGAUGUGGAUGCCAGACUUUUUCAAAGGUAUUCGACGGCCGUGGAAGGGGGUUUUAAUGGUAGGACCGCCAGGAACAGGUAAAACGAUGCUCGCCAAGGCCGUAGCGACUGAGUGCGGAACAACUUUCUUCAACGUCUCGUCGUCGACUCUCACUUCCAAAUAUCGUGGUGAGUCAGAAAAACUAGUUCGUCUUCUCUUUGAAAUGGCACGAUUCUACGCCCCGAGCACGAUAUUCAUCGAUGAAAUCGAUUCUCUGUGCUCUCGUCGCGGUUCUGAAUCGGAGCAUGAAGCUUCCCGACGAGUAAAGUCCGAAUUGCUCGUACAAAUGGAUGGAAUAAGCACAAACAGCGAAGAUCCUAGCAAAGUCGUUAUGGUACUUGCAGCAACGAAUUUUCCAUGGGAUAUCGAUGAGGCUCUUCGAAGACGUCUGGAAAAACGUAUUUACAUUCCUCUUCCAAAUCGAGAAGGUCGUGAAGCCCUCUUGAAAAUUAAUCUUAGGGAAGUGCAAGUAGACCCACUUGUCAAUCUAGCUGACAUUGCUAAGAAAUUACAAGGAUACUCCGGCGCUGACAUCACCAAUGUCUGUAGAGACGCCUCCAUGAUGUCAAUGCGAAGAAAAAUAGCCGGCUUGAAACCCGAUCAAAUUAGACAAUUGCCGAAAGAAGAAUUGGAUCUUCCUGUCUCUGCUGAUGAUUUUCUCGAAGCCAUUGAUCGAUGCAACAAAAGCGUUUCCCAAGAGGAUUUGGAAAAGUAUGAAAAAUGGAUGAGCGAAUUCGGAUCUUCGUGAUACUUUUAUCGCACAAAAAAUUUCUGCAUUCACCGAAGAGUUACAACUUAUCUUCGUACCACUAUUUCUCAUUUAUUUUUAAAUCAACGAUUACGUAAAUCUCCGAACGAGUCUCAACUUUUACGCAAACAUAAUCAGCCUCGUUUGAGCUGUAAAUUAACUUUGUUACAAAUCAUUUUAUCGUAUUUUUUUUUUCAACAAUAAAUAGACAAACUAUAUUCAUCGUACGAACUCGAAAUUUGACUAUCCUCGUUCUACGUUAAAAGUGAUGAAACGAUGCUCCGCAAUGUUGUUAAUUAAACAAAAUAAAACAAAUAUCGAGUGUCUUAAUCUUUUCAUUUACUACUUACUGAAAGGAGAUGUUAUCUUCUGGGAUUCGAAAUAUUUUUUACGUCGCCUCGAUCAGCACGAGAAUGUACGAGCGAAGCUGUGAGGAAAUUUCAACUCUGUAUUUAUCCUGUCGAUUUACUGUCACGUUGUAUAAGUUUACCAGAGAAUUGAAAUUGUUCCAUUGCAAUUGGAACUUUUUCAUAUUCAUUUAAAAAGAGGGAUCCAAUCAUCAUAUGAUGAUUGAAAAUUAGGUCGGAGUCAUGUUUCGAAUCGAACAAUUCUCAUCUUCCUCUCGCGUUUUUAUGAAAUUAUAUUUUAUCGAUAAAUAAAAUGUUUGUCUUGUAAAUUAGCAAUUGUUGAAAAAUUCGUAAAGUUUUUUUUUUGUUUUGUAAUUAAGUUAUGAAAAUAAACGAAUUUCUGCUGACAAACUUGCCUCAACAGCACGAAUUUUACCAAGAAGAAUGUUUUUAACAUCAUUUGAUUGUUCUAAUUACAGCGAAGUUUACAACUUCAAGGUUCUUUGAAUUUACAUUUUCUACAACAUUCGCAUCGCAUUAUACUCGGUUCGGAAAAUUUUUUUAUUGUUCGGUAUUGCAUCAUCACUUGAUAUUGUUUACUAUUGAAGUUUGAGAUUUUUCGUAGCACGUUUUUGUAACUGUUUUUGUAACUUUGCCAAAUCUUAUCAAUAGUUGUUUCAAGAAAAUUCAAACAAAGACAUGAAUAAAAAUGAAAUAAGAGUUCGAAGCAGAGAUUAAUACGUUAUUAUAUUCACACUCGCGAAUCUCGAGCACCAAAGCCCAAAGAAUAAAGAACAAGAAACAAUUUCUGGGAGCGAACACAGAAGCAUUUGAGAUUCAAAGCACGUAAUGAGCUAUCAUCUUUUGAUUGUUCAUCACUCGAAUCGGAGACUUUUCGUAGCACGUUUUUACUAGUGCAUAGUUUCUUUGUCAAAUUUUGCCAAAAGAUGUUUCAAGAAAAUGGAACAAAAACAUGUUUAAAAAUGAGAUAAAAAAGUUCGAAGUAGCGAUUAUUCGCACUCACGAAUCUCGAGCACCAAAGCCCAAAGAAUAAAGAACAAGAAGCAAUUUGCUGGAUAUCGAGCACAAAUAAAGCUACAUAAGAGGAAAUGAUUUCGGAUUCGAAGCGCACGUAUUUGUUAAUCAUCGAUUAUAAUUCGGCCAAAUUCGUUCUAUGGGGAUGCAGUCGAGUAAAGUAAACCGUGGGAACCAGAUGUGCUGUGGAGUGUAGACCGAGAAAAAGACAAACGGAAGGCAAUCAUUCUUAUUCACUCGCUACGCCCCUUCAAACGAAAAGGCUGAGAUCACCUCUCGUAGUGGAAUCUUCUAUGAGAUCGGGAUCAGCUUUUCAAUAUCAGUGACACUUGUCUCAGAUACUCUCCGGACUUUGGAACAAGAAUUUGCAAAUUACCGGCUAUCUGCUGUUGGGUAUAGUAUAGGCUCGAAACAAGUUAACGCAUAGCAUCACAUACUUUGCUACUUCUUAGUGAGCGAUAUUGCAAUAGCGAACAUUGAUCCAAGUACCAUGGCCGAGAAUAGCCAACGUCGUGGAAAAGCUGUUCCGUUCCUCAAAAGAAUUCAGCAGCGUACUUCUGGUUGGUUUAAACGCGACCGCGGAGCUGGUCCAUCAAGGACAGGCACGAUGGGUCGGUUGAGGGGCAACGGCAGGGGCCGCGGUGGACAAAGUCCAGUUUGGAACGAAGAAUCACGUGAAUUUGAGGAGGUUGAUUCAUCCAAUGAGGAUUUCAUGCAGUUCGGUUUUCGUAGAGCUCCGCGGCGUAAUCCAAAUCCAUAUGUAUUCGCGGAUGACGAAGCUGGUCCAUCGUGGGCUGAACCGACGGUGCAAUUGAGGGGGGGCAGUGGCAGGGGCCGCGGUGGACAACGUCCACUUAGGAACGAAGAAUCACGUGAAUUUGAGGAGGUUGAUUUUUCCAAUGAGGAUCGGGCUUCACUGGCGGCAGAGGAUUCGAAUUAUAUUGACUUUUCGCGGUUUCAAAGGGAUGAACUCGUGAGGAGAGAUCCGGAUCUCAUGGAGUUAGAUUUUAAUAGAGCUCCGCCGCCGUAUACUCCAAAUUCAUAUGUAUUCGAGGAUGACGAAGCUGGUCCAUCGUGGGCUGAACCGACCGUGCAAUUGAGGGGGGGCAGUGGCAGGGGCCGCGGUGGACAACGUCCACUUAGGAACGAAGAAUCACGUGAAUUUGAGGAGGUUGAUUUUUCCAAUGAGGAUCGGGCUUCUCUGGCGGCAGUGGAUCCGAAUUAUAUUGACUUUUUGCAGUUUCAAAGGAAUGAACUCAUGAGGAGAGAUCCGGAUCUCAUGGAGUUAGAUUUUAAUAGAGCUCCGCCGCCGUAUACUCCAAAUCCAUAUGUAUUCGAGGAUGGGGAAGCUGGUCCAUCGAGGGCUGAAUUCCGAUCCUCCAGGUUUGAUUAUUCAGAGGACGAUCGGGCUCAACUGUUGGCAGAGUCAUCGGUAUCAGAUCUUUCGCAGAUCGAUUUUUUGAAGGAUUAAACGGAUGCUCUCUUAAGGCCCGAAUAUCCUUGAACUUGAUUCCCAUAGAUAUGAUUAGUUCUCACGUAGUGAAAAAUUGGCAAAAGAGACCAUUCACCUUCCUCAGGUUUGAGUUUGCUGCAAUUAAGGCAGAUCGGGGCAAAACGGGGUGCUUCAAAAUUUCGGAAAUCAUUCUUGUAACUUUUUAUAUCUUUUCAAAAAAAGAUAAAAAUUCAAUUCUUUUAGAAUUUCAAAAAGAUAAUUCAAAAGAGGAGAACAUUUUUCCCAAAUUGAUGAAAAAUAAAAAAAAAAAAAAAAAACAAGAAAUAUUAAAAAUAAAUCCACUGUUUUCUUUUUGACUACUUCUUGAAAGAAUAAGGAAUCAAAGUGCAUUAAACGUGAAUUGCAGUGAAAAGUAAAAUUUCACGAAUUUUAUAUGGAGUACUCCAAAAAUACUUUCUUUUCAAAAAUUGCGAAAAUCGCACUACGUUUCUCGAUUUUUCAGAGUGAAAAGUAGACGCGAAGCAUCUAAAACUUUUCAAAAGUAGGAUAUCUCUUUGGGUGACCCGUUUUGACCCAAUCUCCCCGAUAUAGACCGUAAGCCCAGUGCACUUAUCAAAUGGAAGAAUAACAGCGAAAUCCACUUCACAAAAAUGUACAUUGCCGAGAAGGACGAUCCAGUUUACAAAAACUUAUGCCAUCGUAUCACGGAGAAAUCAGUGGACGAACAGAAAAACACAAUUUACUAAAGCGUUGCUUCGUUUUAAGUAUGGAAUUGAUUUCAUAAAAAAUUGGUUUCAGUACAUCAUAAGUAAUUCAAUAGUUUCUAACAAUAAGAUGAAUAUGUGCUUCGUUAUAAAGAAGCGAUUCUUCGAGUUAGCUUGACGAUGUAUGAUAAUAUCAAGCAACUCGCCGAGUCUAUGUUUACUCAUCGUGAAACGAUUAGCGGUGGUGGGAGUAUUAAUAUUUUAGACGUUUGGAUAUUUAUAUAUUGUCAAAUUAUUAUUGAAUCGUUCCAUUAAAUUUAAUAAUCGUAAAAAUAUAAUAUAAGCUUUCACGGACAGUGAUAAAUGCGCAGUCGGUGUGUUUGGCUCCUGCGGUUUUACUUCAACAAUUCGUGCCAAAGCCAAUACCUGUUUAGGUGAACGUUAGCCAUGCACCACCUUGAGCACGUACUCUGGACGUAAAGCAAUAUCUCUGAGAUUUCGACGAAGAAAUCAGGGAAUAUAUAACCAACUGUAUCGGCCGGGUUUUCCACAGUUUCCCCGAGCCCUUGCGCGAAUGCGGUACAGUUAUUCAUUAAAAAAAAGAGUGGCUGUGGCCAACGCUCUUGGGAUGAUGUGUGGGGAAGAUUUCAUAGCAAUAAGAGAAUUAGUCAAGUACGGGAAAUUUAUGAUUAAGAUAGAUAUAGGACGGGCUAUGGAAACUCAUAAAAGUGCGCAAAGGAAUAGCGAAAACAUAUUGGUAUGAUUGGAGCUUGUUGAGUACCAUUAAUCGAUGUCUUUAUCAUUGUAAAUCUCACAUAUACGUGCACACUGCACAUCUUGACCUGUCGUUUUAAUACUUUUCGUCAAGAUGUUACCGCGUCUCUUGAUAUGUAUUGACUUGAAUGUAUGGACUUGAAAACUUGAAUUAUUAGCUUUAUUUGUACCCCUGUAACUUUUAAGAAAAUAAAGAGUUUUCCAUAAAGACAA